CCAAUAUGAGGUCGAGAGAUCGCUUGGAGGAGAAGCGUUUUUAAUUUUGAAAUUAACGAUUUUGCCCUCAUAAGGGCAUUUACGUCAAAAUAACAGGGCAAGAUUCAUCCACGUGUCCAACAACAACACAACACAAACACAUCAUUAGUUUUAAAGAAAUAAGAUUCCUAUAUAAAUGUAUAAACGUUUCUCCUAUUCCCAAAUCUUCUUUCCUCAAUAUCACCCAGAAGAAAGAGAAAGUGAAACAGAUCAAGAAAGAGAUUGAGAAAAAUGUGUAGAGGCUUGAAUAAUGAAGAGAGCAGAAGAAGUGACGGAGGAGGUUGCCGGAGUCUCUGCACGAGACCGAGUGUUCCGGUAAGGUGUGAGCUUUGCGACGGAGACGCCUCCGUGUUCUGUGAAGCGGACUCGGCGUUCCUCUGUAGAAAAUGUGACCGGUGGGUUCAUGGAGCGAAUUUUCUAGCUUGGAGACACGUAAGGCGCGUGCUAUGCACUUCUUGUCAGAAACUCACGCGCCGGUGCCUCGUCGGAGAUCAUGACUUCCACGUUGUUUUACCGUCGGUGACGACGGUCGGAGAAACCACCGUGGAGAAUAGAAGUGAACAAGAUAAUCAUGAGGUUCCGUUUGUUUUUCUCUGAUUAUUAGAUUUUUUUGGUGUAAGCUAUAAAUAUUCUAGGGUUUUUAUGCAAUUUUCUUUUAAGAAAAAUCUGAAAAUUUUAAUUUUAUGAAGCUUAGAAUUUUAAGAAAUGUGUAAUGAAAAAAAAAAAAGAAUUUUAAGAAAUGGGUAGUGACUAAAAAUAGCAAAAAAUAUCUGCAAUAGAAAGGGAAGAAACAAGGAUCGUUUGUUGUUAUUGAGUUAUUCUUCGAAUCUUUUGCUUUUUUCUACUAAGCAAUGUUUGUAACCAACAAACAAAAAGUUCCAUAAAACUGCUGUAAAAAAAAAUUAACUCACCAAACUCUCUGUUUGGUAUUUUGUUAGAUAUUUAUUUUAGUGUAGUAAAUCUUUCUCACUACUUCUUUGGACUUGUCAUUUUCCUUAAUUUAAAGGUACAUAAAAGCAACUCCAGCCUUGUAUUCUUAGCAAUAAAAGUGAUUAAAUUUAA